AUGGCGGCCACGGAGGACGAGCGUCCGGCGGGGAGCGGUGAGGGAGAGCGGCUGGAUUUCCUGCGAGACCGGCACGUGCGGUUCUUCCAGCGCUGCCUCCAGGUCUUGCCUGAGCGUUAUUCUUCGCUCGAGACCAGCAGGUUGACAAUUGCAUUUUUUGCUCUCUCCGGGCUGGAUAUGUUGGACUCCUUAGAUGUGGUGAACAAAGAUGAUAUAAUAGAGUGGAUUUACUCCCUGCAGGUCCUUCCCACAGAAGACAGAUCCAAUCUAAAUCGCUGUGGUUUCCGAGGCUCUUCAUACCUGGGUAUUCCAUUCAACCCAUCAAAGAAUCCUGGAACAGCUCAUCCUUAUGAUAGUGGCCACAUAGCAAUGACCUACACUGGCCUUUCGUGCUUAGUUAUUCUUGGAGAUGACCUAAGCCGAGUAAAUAAGGAAGCUUGCUUAGCGGGCUUGAGAGCUCUUCAGCUGGAAGAUGGGAGUUUCUGCGCAGUCCCUGAAGGCAGUGAAAAUGACAUGCGAUUUGUAUACUGUGCUUCCUGCAUUUGCUAUAUGCUCAACAACUGGUCUGGCAUGGAUAUGAAAAAAGCCAUCAAUUACAUUAGAAGAAGUAUGUCCUAUGACAAUGGGCUGGCACAGGGAGCUGGACUUGAAUCUCAUGGAGGAUCGACUUUUUGUGGCAUUGCAUCACUGUGUCUGAUGGGUAAACUAGAAGAAGUCUUUUCAGAAAAAGAAUUGAACCGGAUAAAGAGGUGGUGUAUAAUGAGGCAACAAAAUGGUUAUCAUGGAAGACCUAAUAAGCCCGUAGACACCUGUUACUCUUUUUGGGUAGGAGCAACUCUAAAGCUUCUGAAAAUUUUUCAGUACACUAACUUUGAGAAAAAUAGAAAUUACAUCUUGUCAACUCAAGAUCGGCUCGUGGGAGGAUUUGCCAAGUGGCCAGAUAGUCAUCCAGAUGCUUUACAUGCAUACUUUGGGAUCUGUGGCCUGUCACUAAUGGAGGAAAGUGGAAUUUGCAAAGUUCAUCCUGCCCUGAAUGUAAGCACACGGACUUCUGAACGCCUUCGAGAUCUCCAUCAGAGCUGGAAAACCAAGGACUCUAAACAGUGUUCCGAGAAUGUGCACAUCUCCACGUGACUGACUUCCUUUGGGGGGUGGGGGGGAGGCAGGGAGUUUGUAGCAUAACUGUAGCUCAAGGUUCAAAGCCAUGUAUAACCAAGUGUGCUCUUUUCUUAAGAGGUAGAGUCUCACAGAUUGCGUGCUGAUGUCACUUUGGAAUAUGGUCUUGAGCCAGUAACCUUUGGACUGGGUUUCAAGAAAAUCUUUGUUGAAGUUUGAACCACAGCGGACUCUGUUGUGGUUCUUAAAUGUUUAUACUGUAUUUCUAAGAAGUUCUUUGGGCAAAUUAACUGUAUGUAUGUAGGUUAUCUUUUUAAAAAAACUCUUCAGUGCGAAUUGUAUCAUACUGUAAAAUGGACACAAAUCUUCAGAACAAGUUUAUAGUUCACAGAGCGUUGAUAAUCUGCGGGUGAACACUUAGUGAUCAUUUGAAAAGCUUGCCAGCUGAUGGUAAAAAAUUGCUUUAAUGAAUGAAGUAUUUAGGAUUCUUCUUUGAAAACAGAUGAUUCCAUAAUUUUUAAAAAGAAUGACUUAUUUUGUCUUAUUAAGUAAAGUGUGCCAGUAAACGUACGUGGCCUAUAUAAAUGAAAUUAACUUCAUAGCAAGGAUGAAUAGGCUUAACUAAUAUAGUAAUUUUCUAAGUGGACAUUGAUUUAAGAAGACUAUUAUGUAACUAAGGAAAAAAUAAUUUAACUGUAUGUGAUUGUGAAUGAGAAGGUUUUGUGCUAUGUGGGUCACUUAUUUAGAUGUUGCUGGAGUGAAUAACAGGUUUGAUUUUAAGUCAUUAUUAGUUGCUUUUCCUUUCUGGGGACAAAACAGUCAUCUAGAAGGAAAGACAUCUAGUGGUUUUGUUUAUGUUUCUGAAAUAUGUGAUAUUGUAAAUUAUACUUGUACUUUUAUAACAGAGUUAUUUUUAGCCAUUUAGAUUUUUUUUUUUUAGUUUGUUGCCUCUAGUGUGUUAGUGGUUCUGAUUUCACACUGACAAUUUUCUAAUUUUUUCAAAGCAAAUAAGUAAAAAUCUCAGUAAAAAAACAGAACCACUAAAGUAGAUUUAAUGGUGCAGCUCCAUACAUGGUCAUUUAUAUUUUUAUAUUUUCAGGUAAGUGGAAGGGAAACGUUCUCUUUAGGGGUUAAGGACUGGGAUUUUGCUUUUGUUCUUUCAGUUUUGUUUUCUUAAUUCUUUGAACUACCUAAUUGUAAAGGAAAUGGCAUAAUAACUCAUCUUCAUUCGUGACCAGUUUAUCAAUAAAUCACUUCCAUCACUGUUGUUGAAUGAUGUUCAAAGAUGUGAGACGAGUACCGAAAUGGAGAAGAUCUCUUCACUAAAGAAGCUGGGUUUAAGUUAAAGUCGUGGGGAUUAUAAACAUUGAAUUAUUCUGCAACUAUCAGUACAAAAACUAAAUUACUAGCAUUACUGUUUAGGAAUUAAAAUAUUUAAAUUUUAAUUUAUUUCCUAAAUUGGAGGGAGAAAUACUCUUAAAUAAUGGUCCUUCCAAAGGGAAAUCUGGUAUAUGCUUGGAGAAAUGAUUAUUUGUAGUUGGCAUGUUUAGUCUUAAACCUCACCUUGCCAAAGUCAACUUUAUUAUGUUUUUAAUUAGAAAUAAAAUCCAUUUUCUGAUUGUGGGGAAAAUACAAGCUUAACAA